AGUGAACUGCACUUCCUAUUACUGCUGUCUACUGACUAAACCAGAAAUCGAGAGGAUGAGAAACGAAAGGAACGCGUUUGACGCACGGUUUAUAAAUGAAUAUGAGCAGUAAAUGACACAGAUUCUGCGGUUCGGAUCCAGUUGUGCGCGCAAUGGGAGCGUCGCGCGUGCGGGCGGCAGUUUGAUUAAACGGCGACUUCUCAAAGUUUUAUAUGUUGGUGGCUGAAGACGAUUCAAGAUGAAGAAACAGUUCAACCGCAUGAAACAGCUCGCCAACCAGACCGUUGGCAGAGCAGAGAAGACCGAAGUACUGAGUGACGACCUUCUUAUGAUUGAGCGGCGCCUUGAAAAUGUGCGACUGGUCUCUCAUAAUGCGCACAAGAGGAUGGUCAUGUGCCUGCAGGGUAACGUGGGCUCAGAUGCGGAGAAGAGACAUAAAAAGCUUCCUCUCACAGCCCUUUCACAAUCCAUGCUGGAUGGAGGAAGUCAGCUCGGAGACGAGUCCUUCAUCGGGUGA